AUGGAAGAAGCAAUGAGGAAGCUUAAUGACAAUCUCAACCACUUGCCGCCCUCCUACACCGUCCCAAAGCGGUGCACCACCACUACAACCACCGGCAACAACAAGAGGUCCUUGAGAGAAGGUGCGGUCUCUAAUACUGGCGGCACAAUGAGGUACCGGGGCGUCAGGCGUCGCCCAUGGGGACGGUAUGCGGCCGAAAUUAGAGACCCGCAGUCGAAAGAGAGGCGGUGGCUCGGAACUUUUGACACGGCGGAAGAGGCUGCUUGUGCCUAUGACAGUGCAGCCAGAGCCAUGCGGGGUGUCAAGGCCAGAACCAACUUUUCUUACCCCCCUGCUCCAGAUAAUCUCAUCCAUCCGUUUAAUUUCAGUAAAUCAUUUCAACCCUGUAUGAGGGACUUGGCUUCUCUGACCCAUUCAUCCACUUUUUCAAACCCUAUCUUGCCUCUGUAUGAACAAAUUUCUUAUCAAAAUGCUUUCACAGACUCUUCUUUGGAGAAAAAUCUAUUUUGUAACAGUAACAACACCACAGUUUCUGGCAGCUUCAUGGGUUCAGGUGGCACGAGUCUGCCGAAAUUUAAAGAUUCUCUAGCAACUCUUUCUGGGACUUCAGCUGCUAAAGCAAUCAGUGCAAUUGAUCAAGCUGAAAAAACGGAUUUAUUUUCCACAGAAAGGUCUAAUUCAGGUUUACUGGAAGAAGUUUUACAUGGGUUUUUCCCAAAACCUAAGGCAACAAAAUCUGAACCACAGGAUGAUGUGAAGAAGACAGUAGCAGAGAAUGAGAAAUUAGGGUUUGGUUUUGACAACCAAAGAUUUCCUCAGCAGUUCCAGAGCUUGAAUAGUACCUCGUUUGGCACUGAAUCACACAUUUCACUUUUGUAUAAUGAUUUCCCUGCUUGCUUCCAGGUUUCACCAAACGAAGCACUGGGAGACAUUUUUCAGUAUCCAGAUUCUCUAGGGUUUUUUGCUGCUAAAGUGCAUAAUGCCUGA